UGGUGAUGGUCGCGACACCCCCCACCACCUAUCGUUAUGCGCCGUAUCCCUUGCCAUCUGCGGCUGCAGCCGCACACGCUGCUGCAGUGGCAUCAGCAGCCACUCCGCAUCAUCUGCUCGCGCCAAUAGUUGCCGCAAGUGCCGCAGCUCCUGGCAAUGCCGCGGCCACGUACCAAUACGCGUCUAACCAAGCAACCGCCGCGGCUGUUUACGAUGUAAAGCGCGCAUUGGCCGCAGCUGCGGCUGCCUACCGACCCCACCCGGCAGCCGCAGCUGCAGCAGCUGCGUCCCGUGCGGCUACCUUGACCUACUCUAUGAGUGACCUUCUUGGUGUCCAGGGACUCGACAUGGGCACCGCCGUUUAUCAUCCCAUCCCGACUAUUGGACUAUGACCUACAAUUCUGACGCCUCAUUUACGACCGCAGUAAAGAC